GCUGACCCCUGCUGCCUGCAUGUCUUUCCCAGUGGAGGUCUAUAACUGCGCCAUGGGCAGCCCUGACUGUUCUCAGUGCCUGGGCCGGGAGGACCUAGGCCACCUGUGUGUGUGGAGUGACAGCUGUCGCCUUCGGGGGCCCCUGCAGCCCCUGCCUGGAGCCUGCCCUGCCCCCGAGAUCCGGGCGAUUGAGCCCCUGAGUGGCCCCUUGGACGGUGGGACCCUGUUGACCAUCCACGGCAGGAACCUGGGCCGGCGGCUCAGCGAUGUGGCCCAUGGCGUGUGGAUUGGCGGCGUGGCCUGUGAGCCAUUGGCUGACAGAUACACAGUGUCAGAGGA